AUGAAAGAAGCAGAAAUUUCUCACUUCCACAUAGUUUCUGAGAUCAUGGUGAACGCAGGGAAAUGCUUGAUGAAUGACUACAUGGUGGAUGGGCCCUCAUGUUCAACACCAAGGAAGAGAGCAUUCAAUAUACCUACCAUGGCGUGCAUUGAAGACCUCAGAACUCCUGCAUUUGAGGGCCUGCUGAAAUCAUUCAGGGAAGCAGGAUUAGGAAGGCAAGCCAAUGGGAAGGUAAAUAAUCAUCAGGAGUGUAUGCAUCCAUUCAGUCCUUCGGCUCCGGAAAUUCUCUCAGGGCAGUUAAGGAAGGAGUUAGAACAACAAAACCUACAAUAA